AAGAGAAGAGAGAAACGAGACGGUGGUGGCCGCCCCCGGGGGCUCCCAACCCCGUGCAGCCGGCAGCGAGCGAGCUCAGUUGCCCAUCGCCGCGACGACGACACGGUUGCGCUCCGACAAAGAUCUCGCGAGUGAGCUUCUUCAAUAUUCAACGACGCUCACGUUUCUCACUGAGAAAGAGAGACACACACACACACGCACGCACACACGUACACACGUAUAUAUAUAUACAUAGACACAUACAUAUAUAUAUAUAUAUAUCAUUUGGCUUUUUUUUAUUUCUUAUAUAUCGAGAACGAGGACAUCAAACAGUGCGAAUCCUCAAAAAAAUCUUUGUUUCUGGACGGUAUCAGAUCAGUCUGUCUCUCUCUCUUUCUCCCCCAGUUUCUCUCAGUUUGAAAAUCGUCGACUUUGUUAUAUUCUCCAUUGGAUGAAAGAUCGGUUGGAAAAAGUAAGUUGAUCUUCGUGGAAAGGAUCGUCUCUUAUUCGACCUGUCUCUCGUCUUUUUAGUGACGCUUUUACUUGUAUAAUAUCUUCGACGAGAAAUGGUUUAUAAAGUGUGAGAUCAAAACGUGAGAAAGAAACACCGAGGUAAAAGAGGUGAAGUUUUCUUUUAGAGAGAAGUAGACCUUCUCCCUGUCGCGUUGCCGUCGCUUACUGAAAGUUUGCCCGCCGGCAGACUACUUUCUUUCUUUCUUUCUCCGUCUAUCCGUAUUUAUCUAUUUAUCCAUCUCCGUGGCAAGAUACAACGAAGAUUAGUCGAAGAUAUAAUCGUAUUUAUCUAGCUUCGAAGGAGGCUAGAUUUUCCCUAGGGAUACUCUACCUAGGGAGUUGUUCAAUUAUGGAGAUCUAUGAGAACACUUAGACAGAAAUCUAAGUAUAACACUGUGAAUCUCAACGAAGAAGCAACGAAAGUUAGCCUAGAGACUUAAUCUAGAAUCGAAUAAUCGUCGUUUAGGGGAAGUUAAGAAAGAAGAAAUUGAACUUGAACGUGGACGUAACGGAGCGUCGGACGCCGGAUGGACGUGAGCUAGGGGCCUAUCGUGAAACGAUCGUGUUAAAAGUCAAGUUUAUCUAAAAAUCGGAAGGGAUAGAACGAGACAAAUCUAUAUACGAUACGUAUAAACAGAAAGUUCCUAAGUCGUAAAGAAAGAGGAAGAGGAAGAAGAAGGAGGAAAAGAGGAGAAAGAGGAAGAAGAAGAAGAAGAUAGUCAUCUCACAAGAUGACAUUUUGAAAAUUCUAAAAAGAAAAGAAAUUUGGGCGAAGGACAGCAAGAUGCCGCAACGCUCGCCGUUCGCGAUUCAGGAGUUAUUGGGUCUCAAUGGUACCGGAAAUGCAAGUGGUACCGAUCGAGGCUCGCCUCAGGGAUCGCCACCCGCCGGCGUCUCGGCGGUUUCUUAUGCGCCAACUGCGCCUCAUCACAAACUCUGGGAUUACAUGCCUAGCUUGACGAAUCAUCUCGGUAAUCUUGGGAAUCUUGGGAAUCUUGGAAAUUUGACGGCCUCGCGUAUGGCCUACCUGAAUGCUCAGGCUGCCGUCGCGGCUGCUUUUCUACCACCGCCUCAUCCACAUCCCGCUCAUCAUGUACCUCAUCAUCAGGUACAUCAACCAGGUCAACUUCCUGCCUCACCUGCUGGUGUCAACGUUCAUCCAGCCGCACACGCGCAACAUGUACUUCCUGGGACUGCCGUUACUGCUAAUCAUCAUCAACAUAGUCCGACUCAGCAUACACCGCCUCAUGGAUUCUCUCAGACGAAAGGCACCUUCUCGAAUGCAAGUCCAGGUGUUGGACAUAACAUCGAGUCGGGCAAGGACUUCACAGUCGAUGGUCUCUCUGGUUUUAGUAAAAAGAAGAAGAAGAAACGUCGUCAUAGCUCCAGGACGAUCUUCACGUCCCAGCAGCUGGAGGAGCUGGAGGCAGCGUUCAAAGAAGCCCAUUAUCCCGACGUCUAUGCUCGCGAGAUGCUCAGCCUGAGGACGGAUCUGCCCGAAGACAGGAUACAGGUGUGGUUUCAAAAUCGGAGAGCUAAAUGGCGCAAAACCGAAAAAUGCUGGGGUAGAAGUACCAUAAUGGCGGAGUAUGGUCUAUACGGUGCGAUGGUUCGACAUUCUUUGCCACUACCAGAGACUAUUUUGAAGAGUGCUAAGGAGAACGAAUCAGUAGCUCCAUGGUUGCUUGCGCAAUCGUCUAAGACAAGCGGCUUUAGUCAAGAUUUCGAAAAUAAUCAAGAACUGAUUGACUGUGGGCCCGUAGGGAUGCACCGAAAGUCGAUCGAAGCGGCGGAACAUCUCAAGUCUGGUGGCGAGGACAGUGGAAACGACCAUAACGGGAGCGGAAGUAGCCCUCAUCAUAAUCAUCACCAGGGUGGACCUACCAGUUCCGAGAGCGGACAAGAGAGCCAAGACGGUAUGGGACCGUCUUCGUCGACAGGAGUCGUACAGGACACAGAGCAACUGAGGAACGAGAGCAUCGCCUGCUUGAGGGCGAAAGCUCAGCAACAUCAGUUGCAACUGAGCUUGCAACCAACGGCAGCUCCAACAGGCAGCUCUUAUCAGACGGGACCGCAAUCGAGCACGCUUCAUGCCUCGGUUUAAUCCUUCUCGUCGACUUUUCAUCUCGAUCUCGAAGCGAACAACAUUUCGACAAUGAUUUCGUCUGGACGAUUCACCUAAUCUCGAUCGAGGAGGACCAGAAAAAAAUUUAAGAGAGCUCCUCAUAUUUUAUAAGAACGUAAACGAAACAAAACCAACACAAAAAAUACAUUACGUUCGAGGAUGAAGAUCGAGAUCGUUAUAGAUCAUCCCUUAAAAUAUCUUCUCAAUGAAGGGGAUAUUAAUGAGACGAAUAAAUGCAACGGUGAACACAAUGAAUUGAAAUUUUUAGCUGCUGACUCGCAGGGACGAUCAGGGUAAACGAACUGACAUAAAAGGAAUCAAAAAUACAAGAAACAGGUUAAUACGUACAAGAAAAAAUGACUUACAAGAGCAACGAAUAAAUCGAACAAAUACAUAUUUCGAUAUCCAACACGAUGAAAUAUGAGCUUUGUAUGUAAACCGAUCAACGAAAUUUAAUAAAGAAAAGAAAAAAAAAAAAAAGAAAAAAAAAUCGAUGGUCUCUAUAUAUAUGCAACGAAGAAGAGAAGAGAUAA